UACCUAGGGCAACGCCGCCACCGACACAGUCACAUUCACCUGCGUGUUCCGGACUCUGCGCUCCCCUUGGAUAUGGACGCGACCGAUCCGCCGCCGCCGCCGCCGCCGCUCACCAGGAAGAGGGGAAGGGAGGCGAGGAAGAGCAAGGAAGCAGCGCCACCACGCGAGCCGAGAAGGGCUCGCAGUCGCAGCCAUGUUCCACCGCCGCCUGGAGCCGGAGACGGACGGGGAGGAGACGGCGAGGAGGACGUCGGCUUCGAUCUCAUCAGCCGCCUCCCCGACGCCGUCCUCGGCGACAUCAUCUCGCGCCUUCCCACCAAGGACGGCGGGAAGACCAGAGCCCUGUCCAAACGGUGGCGCCCCGUCUGGCGCACCGCGCCGCUCAACCUCGACGCCGGUGAUCUCGCCCCCGACGCCAACGGGGCGGCGCUGGCCGUCCUCGUCACCCAGAUACUCCUCGUUCACGCGGGGCCCGUACGCCGCUUCUGCAUCCCCGCGCAGCAGAUCCACGAGCGCCCCGCCAUGGUCGAAGGCUGGCUCGGAUCGCGGAGAUUCAAAAACCUGGAGGAGCUCGAGUUCACCGUCCCGGAAGACCCCUUCUACGGGAGAUCAUUCUUGCUGCUCCCGCCCCCGCCGUCCACCUUCCGCUUCUCGGCCACCCUCCGUGUCGCCGCCAUUAGCCAAUGCAGCCUCCCAGACUGCACAGCCACCCUCGCGCUUCGGUUCCCGCAGCUCAGGCUGCUCUCCCUCCAGGAAGUCAUCGUCUCCGAGCAUUCUCUCCAUAGCAUCAUCGCCGGCUGCCCUGCACUGGAGGGGUUGCUGCUCAAACGUUCCUUCGGAUUCCGAUGCCUCCGCAUCAAUUCCCCUACCAUUAGAAGCGUCGCCUUCCAUUCCCCAUGCUGUGGAGAUCACUGUGUAUGGAAGGUGGGUUUCCACUUGGAAGAGGUGGUCAUCGAGGAUGCUCCAUGUCUUGAAAGGUUGAUCCAUAUUGAACGUGCAAUGGGAUUGGGCGUUAAUGUAACCGUGAUCGCGGCGCCCAAACUGGAGGCCUGCGUCCUAGACGACCUUGAUGACGGCUAUUACCGACUCGAUUUCGGCAAGGUGGUUUUUAAGGGAUUUGCGGUUAUUAACUACACAACACCAGUGUCGAGCAUCAAGAUUUUAGCCCUCAUCAGGGAUAAUCUCAGGUUGGACAGGGUUAUCGAGUUAAUGAGAUGCUUUCAGUGCUUGGAGAAAUUGUACAUCACGGCAUCCCAUUAUGGGGCAACUUAUUGCUGGCGCCGCAAACAUUGGAGAAAACUCAAAAGCCUUGACAUAUGUCUGAAGACAUUAGUGCUGGAUAAUUAUCGUGGCUUGAAAUCACAAAUUAACUUUGCCACAUUCUUCAUAAGGAAUGCGACUAAGCUUGAGAAUAUGAUAUUUACAGGUGGUCGUAGCAAUGGUAACGCAUAUUUUAUUGCACGACAGCAAAAGCUGCUGGAGUUUGAGAAAAGGGCUUCAAAAACUGCUCACUUUCAUUUUACAACCAAGAAAUGCUAUUAUGAUUGGGUGCAUAUCAAGGAUGUCCAUGAUUUGUCUAUUGCUGAUCCUUUUGAAUGUACCUGUUGAGACUGAUGAGUAGAAUUAUUGUAAGAUGGUUCAACUGGGAAAGAGGACUUUGGAGAGUUGCUCGUUUUGAAUUUAAGACUGAUGGAUACUGUCACUGAGCUGAAAAUCUAUAUUGAUCAUGUUGUAGAUUUGCCUUAAUUGCUGUACAUACCUUUGGAUGUUGUUGAAACAAGGUUUGAUGUAUUGAGCUGUUGUUUCAUUCAGAUACCUUUGAAUAUUGUUGAAAAAGAUUGAUGUAUUGAGCAGUUGUUUCGCUCAGAUACUACUUUUUUUAUUUUUUUACCAAUUUCUGUUGUAAUAAUACUUGUUAAAAAAAUUGUUGUCAAUGGCAGUUUAGCUG